CUCCUCGCUGUUUAACAACAGCUACGACUACGAGUACAAGGCCUAUACUCCCACGUGUCUUGCAUCUUUGCUUUUAACAAAAAAUGAGGCAAAAGAGGAGAGAAAAUAGUAGAAUGAAGCUGAGGGCAGUGAAUGUUCAUGGAGGCAAACAAAGAGAGAAAAUUAAGAGCAAUUAGAGAAAGAAGUGACAUGAGAGAAGAAAGGUUCAUCUACUAGGGGUGUUGAAUAUCCAAUGGCAAAGAUGUUGAUACGUGAAUCAAUCGUUAGUGAUAAUAGUAGUAAUGGUAAUGGGGAUGAAGAAAGCAAGGCUGGCGCUCAAGAUCCUGAUGAUGUUCUUGCCUUCUCUAGAUCAGUUCACAAGAUUGACUCCUCAGUACUGGAGUGAAACUCGAAGACAAUGGAGAUGAUAAGAAAGGAGGUAAUUAUAUGUAUUCUGUAAUUUCUGAGAUGAAUCAAUGGUAAUUAGGAUCUGCAGUUAAUUACUGUCAUGUAUGAUUUUACUGCUAUGCUUUUAUU